AUGGCGUUGUGGUUCAGCACCGUGAUCACCGAUUAUGCCAUGAUCCAGAACAUCUUGUUUGACAUUGUGGCACUAAACCAAGAUGCUAUGGGCCGCGCUCAAUGCUGUGGUCUGAAUGUGGAUCCCUCGAGCAAGAGCGUUGUCAAUGAUGAUGGCACCAUUAGUACAUACGCACGAUUUGCAAGAUUUGUUAGCACAACAGCUCUUGAUAGCAAUCUUGUUAAGGACAGAUCAACUUAUUUCAUCAAAAAUUUCUUAGGUGUCCUACAGCAAGGAAACAUUAACGUCAUAGAUACUUCAAUGAUUGGUCAAGUUCAGAUCAGCAUCACAUUUGCAAGUGCUGCUGUUUUGGGAAAUUCUAAAGGAACUACUUCUACAACAGCAAGCGAGAAUAUAUUUCCAGCCCCAAGCUAUAAGCUAAGCGACAUCAAAGCCAACGUGACCAAAAUCAAUAUGCCUGGAUGGUAUUAUGAGGGCCUUAAAAAUCAGCUUAUGAAAGGGACAAAUUACGAGCUUUAUUUUCCAAACUAUACCACAUUCUUUGGCCAGGCAAGCCCGUAUAAGUCGCAAACGACACGGUUCACAAUCGCAAGCGAUAGUCUCGAUUAUAUGAUCGGGACAUUCAUCAGGGCUGACCGCGAUGAUCUCUCUAAAGUGAGUGGAUUUGUGCUACCAACUGACAAAACCCUUGGAGAGGCCCUUAUCCUAGGACCAUCAGAAAACACCUUCAACCAAACCGUAUACUUCCAAAGGAAUGGUGAAGAGCUCGUCACCAGCCAAUGGACCAUCGGAUCUGAGAAGCUACCACAGGUUCCAUCCAAUCUGAUGAACUGUAUUCAGAACACAGUUGAAGCAUUCAAUCUUCAUCAGUCUGCUGAUCUUGGUUUUUAUGCUGGGAAUAAGAGUAUUAGCGAUUAUGUGAAGUACUUCUUCUGCGACACCCUUAGUUUAUCGCACGUUGGCGAUGCGGGAGGCACUAUGGUUAUUUCAGGCCUCGACACAAGGCAGCUCCCUGUUUCUAUCGAGUGGUCCACGCGAGGAAGCGUUACAUCUGGUAAGAGUUCCUCAGACCAGGAAACCAAAUUAGUAUCAAUUAACUAG